GAUUUGGCGUCGGCGGCUCCGGACGCCUACAGCUCCGGCUCCGGCUCGGGCUCGGGCUCCGGCUGCGGGUGCCGACCCAGUCCCUCCGGCCCCGCUGCGCGCCCUCCAACCUGCUGCUGCGGCCGCCGCGUCCCCCAGGCUCUGAGAGGCGCCCGCGCUCUGAGCCCCGGGCGGGAUUCCCAUGGAAGCGCCGCGAUGUUCGCCCCCCGGCUGCUGGAUUUCCAGAAGACGAAAUACGCGAGGUUCAUGAACCACCGAGUCCCUGCCCACAAGAGGUACCAGCCCACAGAGUAUGAACACGCAGCCAACUGUGCCACCCAUGCUUUCUGGAUCAUCCCCAGCAUCCUGGGCAGCUCCAACCUCUACUUCUUGUCGGACGACGACUGGGAGACCAUCUCCGCCUGGAUCUACGGCUUCGGCCUCUGCGGGCUCUUCGUGGUGUCCACCGUGUUCCACACCAUCUCCUGGAAGAAGAGCCACCUCAGGAUGGUGGAGCACUGUCUGCACAUGUUCGACCGGAUGGUCAUCUAUUUCUUCAUAGCGGCCUCCUACGCACCCUGGCUGAACCUCCGGGAGCUGGGCCCCUGGGCCUCCCACAUGCGCUGGCUGGUCUGGAUUAUGGCUUCUGUGGGCACCAUCUAUGUCUUUUUCUUCCACGAGCGGUACAAGCUUGUGGAGCUUCUCUGCUACGUUGUGAUGGGCUUCUUCCCAGCCCUGGUCAUCCUCUCCAUGCCCAACACCGAGGGAAUCUGGGAACUGAUGACCGGAGGGGUCUUCUACUGCCUGGGCAUGGUCUUCUUCAAGAGUGACGGGAGGAUCCCUUUUGCCCACGCCAUCUGGCAUCUCUUUGUGGCAUUUGGUGCUGGUACCCACUACUAUGCCAUCUGGAGGUACCUCUAUCUGCCCAGCACCCUGCAGACCAAGGUGUCCAAAUGAGGUGACCCAGACUCCAGAGGUCGUUUGGGCUUUAGGAACGGAGUACCACAGGAAGCGUUUCUGCAAAUGUUAACCCAGAGCACAGCACCAAGGCCUGUCUUCCCUUCAUUGGGUAGAGUUCUUGAUGGGUCUCAGGUGACUUUUGGUGACAGCCAGAUCGUCCCUUGAGUCCCCAGCGAGAAAGAAAGCAUUUAGCCAUUCUUACAGAGAAGAAAUUAACCGUGUAAUGUGUUUCUAUUUUAGAUGAGUGUUUCCUAAUACAAGCAACAUUAACAUCUUUAGGAAAGGAAGCAGGCAUGGCCUGGAAAAUUGGGGAAUGGCGAGCCAAUCUGUUUCUUAAGGUCCUGAGGAAUCUGGCAAGGAGUCCUGUGGGUUGUGUAUACCUAGUGGCCAGAGCCUCCCUCUCUGCUGCCAAAGUCCAGACUGGGGAAUUGUCUCCGGUUCAGGGAAAGGGGACAGUCCAGCUUGUAGAUGAGGGAUGGGGAAUGGCUGUGACCAUGGCAGACAUCACCAAUCAAGUGCAGCACAUGGGUGAUGUCAGAAUUCUUCCCAGCACAGUGUUCUGGGCAGCCAGUACCAAUCAAUUUGGCACUCACUAUGGAACCUCUUUGCCCUUCCUGUCUGGUAUGCUGUAAAUGGGAUCGCGGCCAGAGUAGCUGAAAAUCUCCGUGUGGAGAGUUGCAUGCCUAUCUCCUCAUCUCCUCCUCCCUUUUGGGAAGCUCCUGGAGUAGGCAGUUUGGGGGCAGUAGAGGGAAACUGAGGCACACACCCAUGCAGCCCCUGACGUUCUGUUCCACUGUAGUGGGUUCUCAGUAUAGUUGGGGAUGAGGAUGCUGUUACUUGGCCAUUUCUUCCCAUCUCCCCAAAUCCAGAGACCUUCCAAGAGCCAGUCAUUCAUAAUAUGGGCAAAUAUGGGGCACUUGCUCCCUGCUCCAUACUUAAGGUUGGUGAUGCCAACAUUUGGAUUCUCUCUUGGUGCCAAGCAGUGGCUGUUAGAGGUGACUCAAGUGCACUCCAGAGGGAAGGCACACGGAUCUGGGGAGACUGUUCCGGGUCCCCUCAACCUCCAAAGUGCCCAGUAGCCCAACAACAAGGCUUCCAAGGGUCUGUUAUUUAGUCCCUGUCAGGGUGGGGCCAGCCUCUCUGUCCAAUGCUGGCUGGAUGUUUACUGGGGAGGUGAGUAGCAGGCCCAGCUCCGAGACCUGAAUUGGAAUCUCAGAUUCUCUGGAUAAAGAAUUUGUCUCCGCCGGGCAAGGUGACUCACAUCUGUAAUUCCAGCACUUUGGGAG